AUGUUGGAUCAAGCUUGCAGCAAUCUCCUUCCCACAACAGCCUGGGACACUCAGAAAAUGGGUGAUGUGGAGCGAUCCCGCAAAGCGAUGGAGCAGAGCAUGCUUGAUAUGAAGUUGCAAGAGACAGGGGAAAGAGAACGAUUGAAAGAGUAUAUCACAACUCAACUGAAUGAAUCGGGCUGGCGAGAGGAGUUGAAGAAGCAAUGCGUUGCAUUCAUUCAAGAAAAAGGUGUGGAGAAGGUCUCCUUGGAGGAAAUGAUCAACGACAUUGCUCCGCAAGGAAGGGCUACACUUCCAGAAAAGCUGAAAGUUGACGUCUUCAACCGUUUGAGGAGCUUUGCAGAAAAGCAGGGCUUCGAGCACUAG